CAGCUGGGCUGAUGUAAGUUGAAAGCAAAAUCAGUGAUACCGGUCCCUGAUUCUCUCAUAGCACUGUGAGCCCCUUUGUCUUUCUCACCCCAGUCCUGGACGGCACUGAAGAUGACAGAUUGUCAGGCAGAAGGGCCAAUUAAUGCAACACCAAUGGACCUGUACGAGAAGCUGUCAGCCCAGGGAGACAAAGUCAGAACCCUGAAAGCAGAAAAGGCUGACAAGGCAGAUGUUGAUGCCGCAGUACAGUUAUUACUAAAGCUGAAGGUGGACUACAAAACGCUAACAGGCCAGGACUACAAGGCUGGAUGUCCACCCAGCAACAGCAUAGCACCACAGGACAAUGGGCCCCUAGCUGACGAAGGGGAGGACAUGGUGGACCCCUGGAACGUGUCCACUUCCAGUGCCAAAGGAGUGGACUAUGACAAGCUGAUAGUGCGGUUCGGCAGCAGUAAGAUCGACCAGGAGCUGGUGGACAGAAUAGAGCGGGUCACAGGACAGAAACCACACCGCUUCCUGCGACGGGGAAUCUUCUUUUCUCACAGGGACAUGCACCAGAUCCUUGAUGCGUACGAGAAUAAGAGGUCCUUCUACCUGUACACGGGCCGGGGUCCUUCCUCAGAGGCCAUGCACGUGGGCCACCUCAUCCCCUUCAUCUUCACAAAAUGGCUGCAGGACGUGUUUGAUAUACCACUCGUCAUCCAGCUGACGGACGAUGAGAAGUACCUGUGGAAGGACCUGUCUCUGGAGGAGAGCCAUCGCUAUGCUGUGGAGAAUGCCAAGGAUAUCAUCGCCUGUGGCUUUGAUGUCAACAAGACCUUCAUCUUCUCUGACCUGGACUACAUGGGAAUGAGCCCGGGAUUUUACAGGAAUGUGGUGAAGAUCCAGAAACACGUGACCUUUAACCAGGUCAAAGGCAUCUUCGGGUUCACGGACAGCGACUGCAUUGGAAAGAUCAGCUUCCCAGCCAUCCAGGCAGCUCCUUCCUUCAGCACAUCCUUCCCCCAAAUCUUCAACGGCAGGAAGGACGUGCAGUGCCUCAUUCCUUGCGCCAUUGAUCAGGACCCGUACUUCCGGAUGACCCGUGAUGUGGCCCCCCGAAUUGGCUACCCAAAGCCCGCCCUGCUGCACUCUACCUUCUUCCCCGCCCUGCAGGGGGCGCAAACCAAGAUGAGCGCCAGUGACCCCAACUCCUCGAUCUUCCUCACCGACACCGCCAAGCAGAUCAAGAACAAGAUUAACAAGCACGCCUUCUCUGGGGGCAAAGACACCAUCGAGGAGCACAGAAAGUAUGGCGGGAACACUGAAGUGGACGUGUCCUUCAUGUACCUCACUUUCUUCCUAGAGGACGAUGAGCAGCUGGAAAAGAUUCGACAGGACUACAGUAGUGGGGCCCUUUUGACUGGGGAGCUGAAGAAGCAUCUGAUCGAAACCCUACAGCCCAUGAUCACGUCCCACCAAGAAAGACGCAAGCAGGUCACAGAUGAGAUCGUCCAGCAGUUCAUGACUCCCCGGCGACUGGAUUUUAACUACUAGUGUCAGAGAAUUUUAGCAGUGAGUGCUUAUCCAGAACAGAAUCACUAAGCCAUCUCUACAUGGAUGUCGAUGU